AUGCAAAAGCCACAACUAUACGCAAUCGGUGUUCACGGGAUGAGUAUCCCCUUUCCAAAAGAGCUAAGACUACCCCUUCGCCUUGAGGAGUUACGCAAUGUGAAGAAGGGUAAGGGUCGAUGGUGGGCUGUCGGUUCCGCUUUCUCUGGCGAUGCCCUCACACCCUCUGACCCAUUACGUACUGGUGCUGCUGUUAAUCCGACUAUCUCCUCCAAAAAGGCUGUCACUCUUACUCCCAAGUUGCAAGAAAUUGCUCAGCGUCUGGGCCUAAUCACUCCAAUGCGCCAGCAACUCUUUGCCAUUCUAGUUUCUACACCUGGGGGCCCAGAUAGCACCGCAACAGCCUUACUUGAGGCCGUUGGCUCUGGUUGUGGUGGCGGCGGCGGCGGCAGUUCUAACUCAAAAGGCGGCACCGACCAUCGCGAACGUGAAGUUGUUCAAAUUAUAAUCCACUGCCUCAUUUCUGAACAACCCUUCAAUAGAUUCUACACCCGUGUUCUGGGAAAUCUACUCAAUCACCAUCGACGUUUUGCGAUGAUGGUGCGAUGUGCAUUCUGGGAUGUGAUGUCAAAGGAGGAAUUAACCAAAGAGGCGAAAUGUAAUGCUGGAAAGGCUCUUGGUAUUCUCGCCUCUGUCUACGACUUUCCCCUCACGCUACUUAAGAAAUUCAAUUUUGGAGAUGAGUCCGAGGCUAAUGUGGGUCUUCUUUCAGCUCUGGUGACGGAAUUAACUUCAACAGAAUUCAAAAAGACAUUAGAGAAGUUUGCCCAUGUGGCAUCGGACAAUCCAAAAUUGGGACGCAAUUUGCGAAUAUUUAUGCGGCGAUUGAAUAAAACCCAUCCGGAUGAGGCUUGUCGGUCGUAUCUAUCGAAACUGGUCGCGGAUUUGAGAGAUCUAUUUCCUUGA